CGGCGCCGGGAUCGACACCAACGGUGUGAAGAAUAACCAUCGUAUCGUGCAUUGACAACGCAGCUGAGCUUGCCAUCUUCUUCCAAGCCAUGGCGAUGCUGGACGGGUGGUCCGGGUUGGGAUCCGCGCUGGCGAGCUUCAUCUUCCUCUGGUCCAUGCUGCAGAACCACGUCCCCGUCGCCUUCCGCUACCGCCUCACCACCUGGGCCAGCAAGCUAGCCUCCUACUUCAACCCCUACGACCAGAUCACCAUCUCCGAGUCCGGCGCCGAGCGCUUCCGCCGCAGCGACUUCUUCCUCGCCGUCGAGGCCUACCUCUCCGACGCCUGCGCUCGCCGCGCGCGCAAGCUCAAGGCCGAGCUCGGCAAGGGCAGCAAGAACCUCCAGAUCUCCGUCGACGACCACGAGGAGGUCACCGACGCCUUCGCCGGCGUCACGCUCUGGUGGCACGCCUCCAAGAAACACCCCGUGUCCAAGGUCAUCAGCUUCUACCCCGGCGAGGAAGAGAGCCGCUUCUACAAGGUCGUCUUCCACAGGCGACACCGCGACCUCGUCGUCGGCUCCUACCUGCCCUACGUCCUCGACGAGGGCCGCGCCGUCACCGUCCGGAACCGCCAGCGCCGCCUCUUCACCAACAACCCCAGCAGCAACUGGAACUCCUACCGUGGGAAGAGCAUUUGGAGCCAUGUCCCGUUCGAGCACCCGGCAACGUUCGACACGCUCGCCAUGGACCCCGUCGAGAAGGAGGCCAUCAUCGACGACCUGUCGGCGUUCCAGGAGGCGAAGGACUACUACGCCAAGGUAGGCAAGGCAUGGAAGCGCGGCUACCUGCUGUACGGUCCCCCGGGCACCGGCAAGUCCACCAUGAUCGCUGCCAUGGCCAACUUCCUCGACUACGACGUCUACGACCUCGAGCUCACGGCGGUCAAGAACAACACCGAGCUGCGGAAGCUCUUCAUCGAGACGACGGGCAAGUCCAUCAUCGUCAUCGAGGACAUCGACUGCUCCGUCGACCUCACCGGCAAGCGCAAGGACAAGAAGGCGGUGAAGAAGUCCGACGGCGAGGGUGAAGACAAACCCAAGCUGCCGAUGGAGCCCGAGAAGGACGAAGUCACCAAGAUGACGCUGUCGGGGCUGCUCAACUUCAUCGACGGGCUGUGGUCGGCGUGUGGUGGCGAGCGCAUCGUCAUCUUCACCACCAACCACAAGGACAAGCUCGACCCGGCGCUGAUCCGGCGAGGCAGGAUGGACAAGCACAUCGAGAUGUCAUACUGCAAGUUCGAAGCCUUCAAGGUGCUGGCCAACAACUAUCUGGACGUCACCGAGCACGAGCUGUUUGGUGAGAUACGGCAACUGCUCGAUGACACCGACAUGUCGCCGGCAGAUGUGGCCGAGAACCUGAUGCCCUUGUCCAAGAAGAAGAAGAGGGACGCGAACACAUGCUUAGCGAGUCUGGUGGAGGCUCUAAAGAAGGCCAAGGAGGAUGCCGCGGCCAAGGCGCUAGCGGACGCCAAGGCGAAGGAGGAAGAGGAGGCGGAGGCGAAGAAGUCAAAGGAGGAGGCGGAGGCGAAGAAAUCAAAGGAGGAAGCGGAGGCAGAGGCGAAGAAAGGAAGACAAGUGGAAGGAAAGGACAAAACAUUGGAUUCAGAGGAAGCCAAGAUGAGCAACGGAGAGAUCAAAGGAGCUAACAAAUGACAGGUACAGUGAGCUUGUUAAUUUAUCAGUGAUCGUGAAAACUGAAUGCUGUGACCUACCCAACAUGUGAUCGAUGCAUUCGUGUUCGAAGAAAAUAUAUAUGUAUCACUCCAUCAGUUCAAAUGAAUCAAUCAAUAAAUCCAGAGGACUAAUGCAACAUUA